AUGGGUGUCCGUUCUUUGAGCUUUUUCGCGAGGCUCAAGAUCUCCAAACCCACCAAGGAGGCCUCGAGCAGUGAACAACAGGAAGUGGAACCUCAAAAAGACAUCGGGGCCAUCGCUCAGCAGCAAGACAAGAAAUGCUACAUUAUGGACCUUCCUACCGAGCUGAUAGCCCUAAUAUCCGCAGAGUUAGAUCCUCUCUCCGAAGCAUGCCUGUCAUUGACAUGCAAGCGACUACUACUGAUAUCCGGAAAGUCUUUCCGCUCCGAAUGUCUGCGAUUCAAAAAAGACUUUGCGCCUUUGUUACACCACUAUCGUGCCUCUCAAAGCUACGCUACCGAGCGGUGGAAGUUGAUCGAAAGGCUCGAAGAUAGGAGAUGGCUCGCUUGCUCAAAGUGCCUCAAGCUUCAUCCGCGGACAGCGUUCCCAGCAAAAGAACUCAGGUCUUCGCCCACUACACGAGUAUGCAGUCUAGGCGAGUCAGCAGGAGUGGUGGACUUGUGUCCAUGUAUAAAAUUGACGUUUCAAGAUAAAGUAAAUCUGGUGAAACAUCUGAAAGACCGGGAAGUUCUGAGCAAGAUGCCAUCAGCUAUAUUCGGAAGCCGUGGCUACGACGAGAGAUACUUGUGGCACUCGUGCACAGCGAUAUACGGAUCAACUGAGUUCAAGAUUGACAUUUACCCUGAGCUGAACGACGCGGAACAACUGAUCAUCAGAACGGAGUAUCGGAUGUACACGGCGCCCCAUACACUAGGAAAACAGCAACACAUCUCACCCCGAUUUGGCUGCGCUCAUCGGUCGAUGGAUUUGUGGUUGUCAAGUGUAUGUCAAGCAAUCUACUGCCAUCGACACGACACAUUCUGCUCAGCGUGUAAACUAAUAUCAACUUGCGGCACUUGUGGGACGGUACUGAAAUGUCCAAACCGACGAGCUCAUAUUUCCCCGGAAGCCGACAAAGCAACGUACUUCUUCUGGACUUUGAGAUGUCUCGGUAACUCAACAGCGAUGCCUGACGCGGAGUUUGCGGUGCAGAGGAUACAUCCGAUCAAUCCGUAUGUCACUAUAAAGGGCUGCCCCUGGACAGUUUGGAUGCACCCUCCGCCAAUCCAUGCCCCAUCACUUGGCAAUGAUAUUCUGCAGCCGGCGCUGGAGGACAAUAGUGUACAAUUUGCGAACCAGAUGUACACUUCGCUGCAUCUUACACGGGAGUAA